UUUUAAUCCGUUUCAUUUUCUAACGCAGGCGAAGAACAAAUCCGAGAGAGAGAGAGAGAGAGAGAGAGAGACCGCCAUGAAAGCUCUGCUCAAUCCAGACACAAAAAUUUCCAUCCCCACAGCCAACCGCUAUACCCAACCAAAGCUGCAAACCUCUAUUCAGUUCUCCUCAAAACUCACCCUUACUGGGAUCCGACGGAAAUGUCGGUUGACUGUAAAAUCCGUGAUGGAUUCGGCUACGAUCGGUGAUCUAGGGCUUUCGGAAACCGAUAUCCAAAACCCGACCGUUUCGUCGUCUUAUCGGAAUCCGAAGUACCGGAAACCGAAUCAGACGGUGUUGGAAGCUCAAGCGAAGGUGUGCACCGGGCCCACACAAACCAGACCGCUCACUGAAGAGCAGGCUUUCAAGGUCUUGGACACCAUUUUAAGAUCAGCUAAGGGAGAACUUAAAGAUGAAGAGCAGGUUUCAAAAGCACAACUUGGGGCUUUUUUUGCUGCAAUGACCAUUCGUGCAAAUGCGUUUCCUGAAGAAACUCAAUGGAGUGAGGGGGAAACACGUGCAAUGAAUACAUAUUGGCCGCAUUUGGUUCGAGCGCUUUCCCCAGACAUAAUCUUCAUAGCUGAUCCUGAAGGCUCUAUGAUGGGAGUUGGUAAUUCAAUAGGCCCCCACUAUGUUGGUAAUUGCACAAACGAUAUGAGAUUGGUGGGUGCCCUUAGGGAAGUCUUAGCAGGGGGUCACCUAGGAUAUGAAGAGGUUCAAGGUGUUCUAAAAGACGUUCUUCCAUUGAAAUUAGAAAAUGAGACCUCAGCAAGUGAGUCACUGCUUUCAGCAUUUUUAAUAGGCCAACGCAUGAAUAGAGAAACAGAUCGUGAGUUGAAAGCAUAUUGCCUUGCAUUUGAUGAUGAACUCGGUCCCCGGCCAAUUGCUGAUGUCAGAUCUUUGACUCACUAUGGUGAGCCUUACGAUGGAAACACUCGGUACUUCAGGAGCACUCUAUUUGUUGCUGCAGUUAGGUCCUGUUAUGGUGAAUCCUGCUUGCUUCAUGGGGUGGAAUGGAUGCCACCAAAGGGGGGCAUAACUGAAGAACAAAUGCUGAAGUUCAUAGGAGCAAAUACACAGUUAUCCCCAUUGCAGGCCAAAAAACUUCUUGAGGACGAGGAAGUCGGAUUUGCUUACAUGAGCCAACGUGAAGCUGUCCCAUCAAUGUACUCUUUAAUUGGGUUGCGGGAACAUAUAAAGAAGCGUCCUCCAGUGGCAACAUCUGAGAAGGUUCAGCAAUUUGUGAGGGCACGGGGGAGGGAAGCAAUUGUUGCUGGAUUUUAUCAUGAAGGUUAUGAGGAACCACUUUUAAUGCUUAUGAGAAGAAGAGGUGUUCAAUCUGGUUUGGUGGUGAAGGGUGAGGAAGGGGCACUUUCGAUGACGACAAGAUUGCGGUCAUUAACCUCAACUAAAGGGUUUCCUGUGAACUACUGUUCAGGGUUCCGCUCACUGAAUGUGGCAUCUGCUCAUGAAGUGGAUGGCGUGUCACGUGAGAGUUUCAAUCUUGAGGUAAAUGCCAAAGACUAUGGCUUUGAACCCACUGAUACUCCGAGAACAGAUAGAUCGGUUUCGAGGAAUAUAGAAUUAGGUUUAGAAGCUCUACGUGGUCAGAAAGGUCCGGCGUACGAUCGAAUCGUUUUAAAUGCCGGAAUGGUAGAUCACUUGCUGGGCUGUGAUGGUGCACAAGAUGUAUCCUUAGCCAUGGAUAGAGCAAGGGAAGCCAUUGACAGUGGUAAGGCCUUAACCAAGCUCCUAAAUUACAUCAAGAUCUCCCACAAAGUGAAGUACCAGAAUAAGUCUUGAUAGGGGCAAUACUUCUUGUUGUACUUUUAUUUUUUUUAGGAGGUGCCUAGGGUAUAUUUUCUGAGUUGGACAAUGUACACGGGAGGGGGAAUAGAUUUCCUCCAAUUUUGGUUGUAAAUUAUGUACAAUUUUUCUUCAUUUGUUCGGCUUGUUUGGUCUGCCGUACGAAAAUAAUUUUUUGAUUCUAUGCUCGUAAAAGGCAUGUAUUCAGGAUGUAAAUUUUAGAGUGAUCAAUCUCGUACAUGAAAAUUCCAGAAUACUUCAAAGUAUUCUUGAAUCGUAGAAACCUUAUGUUGGUCAAGUAAAGGUUUGAAAUUCUUCAAA